CCCCGGCCCACUCCCCGGAACCGGCGGCGGAGCUGCUGCCGGCCGGCAGUGGAACGGCGACGGCGCCACGGAGCCGCAGUCAUGAGCGCCCUCGGCCGCCCCGCGUCCCCGGCCCGGCUUUUCUGACGAGAGGUGUGAAAGGAUUGCUGUUUUAUUGCAAUCAUGGUGCAAAAAUACCAGUCACCAGUGAGGGUGUAUAAACACCCCUUUGAACUAAUUAUGGCUGCCUAUGAAAGGAGGUUCCCUACCUGUCCUUUGAUUCCAAUGUUUGUGGACAGUGACACUGUGAAUGAAUUCAGGAGUGAAGAUGGGGCUAUUCACGUUAUAGAAAGGCGCUGCAAACUGGAUAUAGACGCUCCUCGACUGCUGAAAAAGAUUGCAGGAGUUGAUUACGUUUAUUUUAUCCAGAAAAACUCACUGAACUCUCGGGAACGUACUUUGCACAUUGAGGCCCAUAACGAAACAUUUUCUAAUCGGGUCAUCAUUAACGAGCACUGCUGCUACAGCGUUCACCCUGAAAAUGAAGACUGGACCUGUUUUGAACAGUCAGCAAGUUUAGAUAUUAAAUCUUUCUUUGGUUUUGAAAGUACAGUAGAAAAAAUUGCAAUGAAACAAUAUACCAGCAACAUUAAAAAAGGCAAGGAAAUCAUUGAGUACUACCUUCGUCAGUUAGAGGAAGAAGGCAUCACAUUUGUGCCCCGCUGGACUCCACCUGCUGCCGCCCCCUCUUUGGAGACGUCCUUGUCCUGCAAGAAACCAGCAGCGUCACUGACCGUCGUCGUGCCCGACCCUGCGCUCAAGGAAGGGCUGAGCAGCGAGCCCCUCAGCACCCCGAGCGGGGCACCCGAGCCCACUGCAGGGACCCCAGACGACAAAUUAGACGCAGACUACAUCAAGAGAUACCUGGGCGACCUGACCCCACUGCAGGAGAGCUGCCUGAUCCGGCUUCGCCAGUGGCUUCAGGAGACCCACAAGGGCAAAAUCCCAAAAGAUGAGCACAUUCUCCGGUUCUUACGCGCCCGGGACUUCAACAUUGACAAGGCCAGAGAGACCAUGUGUCAGUCUCUGACUUGGCGCAAGCAGCACCAGGUGGACUACAUCCUCGACUCCUGGCAGCCCCCGCAGGUGCUGCGGGACUACUACGCGGGCGGCUGGCACCAUCACGACAAAGACGGCCGGCCCCUCUACGUGCUCCGGCUGGGGCAGAUGGACACCAAAGGUCUGGUGAGAGCCCUCGGCGAGGAGGCACUACUGAGAUAUGUUCUUUCCAUCAACGAAGAAGGGCUGCGACGGUGUGAAGAGAACACAAAGGUCUUUGGCCGGCCUAUCAGCUCCUGGACCUGCCUGGUGGACCUGGAGGGGCUGAACAUGCGGCACCUGUGGAGGCCGGGCGUGAAGGCGCUGCUUCGCAUCAUCGAGGUGGUGGAGGCCAACUACCCCGAGACGCUGGGCCGCCUGCUGAUCCUGCGCGCCCCCCGGGUGUUCCCUGUGCUCUGGACGCUGGUUAGUCCAUUCAUUGACGACAACACCAGAAGGAAGUUCCUCAUUUAUGCAGGAAAUGACUACCAGGGGCCUGGAGGCCUGCUGGAUUACAUCGACAAAGAGAUCAUUCCGGAUUUCCUGAGUGGAGAGUGCAUGUGUGAGGUGCCGGAGGGGGGCCUGGUGCCCAAGGCCCUCUACAGGACCGCGGAGGAGCUGGAGAACGAAGACCUCAAGCUCUGGACCGAGACCAUCUACCAGUCCGCCAGCGUUUUCAAAGGGGCCCCGCACGAGAUUCUCAUUCAGAUCGUGGACGCCUCUUCGGUGAUCACGUGGGAUUUUGACGUGUGCAAAGGGGACAUCGUCUUUAACAUAUAUCACUCCAAGCGGUCGCCGCAGCCCCCCAAGAAGGAUUCCCUGGGGGCGCACAGCAUCACUUCCCCAGGAGGGAACAACGUGCAGCUGAUAGACAGAGUCUGGCAGCUGGGCCGGGACUACAGCAUGGUGGAGUCGCCGCUGAUCUGCAAAGAAGGGGAGAGCGUGCAGGGCUCCCACGUGACUCGGUGGCCGGGCUUCUACAUCCUGCAGUGGAAAUUCCAUAGCACGCCGGCCUGCGCCGCCACCAGCCUGCCCCGCGUGGACGAUGUGCUGGCCUCCCUGCAGGUCUCCUCCCACAAGUGCAAAGUGAUGUACUACACCGAGGUGAUCGGCUCUGAGGACUUCAGAGGCUCCAUGACCAGCCUGGAGUCCAGCCACAGCGGGUUCUCGCAGCUCAGCGCCGCCACCACCUCGUCCAGCCAGUCCCACUCCAGCUCCAUGAUCUCCAGGUAGUGCCCACUGCGCGGAGGGGACGGCCCACCACCUCGGACCGCCGCCCGCCCGCCGCCGAGCGGCCACGUUGUGUGAACUGCUCUGGCCCUCUAGGUAGCAGAUAGCUCUGCAGGUGGUAAACGUAGUCACUGACCCCGAAGCUCUCUGGACAGGUAGCUGUAACUCUCACUGAAUAGCCAUAGAUUCUGUACACAGUGCUCACAGAGCCCCGGCAGAGCACAAGGGCUCUCUCCAGAGGAAAGCGGUUUAUGUGCCGGUUAAGGGGCUGGCUCUGUCUCAAAUGCGGACACAAAAAAACGAUCCCCGCCACCUUCUCACUGUCCCUCAGAGGAUGAAGUCCCUCCACCACCCGUCUGCGGUGACCCACCUUCCUCCAUGGAGCAGAAGCUGCCAACCGGUCCCCCGCCCGCAGCUGGCCCCCGCCACCUCCUGCCGGUAGUCGACGAGCUCUGAGGACGGUGACCGCCCCCCAGGUUCCUGUUCCUCUGAGUAGUCGCUGCCUGACCGGAAGGACUCAGAGGGAGCCUGUGGGUGUCCCGACCCAGCUCUGGGACCAAACAGACCCGCUGUUGUAAAGUGGGUGCUGGGAGCUCUCGGGGACCCCCCAUGACGCCAGGAAGAACACCGCCAUCAUUAAACAUUAUUUUCUCUCUCCUCCCUUCAAACCUUUUGGUACUUUGAGAGCAGACCCUCUGUCCGUGAACAUGGGCCAAGGGCGUCCCCUCCCUCUUCUCCUGGGGUGCCGUUCUCCUCCCUGCAUGGGUUACUUCUGAGCUCCUUCUCCACUCACCUCCCUGGGCCGCUCACAGCCUGGUGUUUCAGGGACAGUGAGGCCCACUCACCACUUUGAAACUGUCCCACGUUCACUGUAGCUGACCAGCGUUCUCCCCACGUGGCUUUGUCAGGACCGCCUGGGGAGCCCAGCUUCUUUGUGAAAGGAAGUUGUGUGUGCACGCAAGCAUGUGUGUCUGGGGGUGGGUGUGUGGCAGUGGGGAAUGGGGUGAGUAGAAACUUAGUUCAAGUAGCAAAGGAUUCGAUGUCCUUGAAGCAGAUCAGAGUAUGAAAUUGGUUUGCAUUUAAUUUUUUCUCUUUGAUUCCGAUCACCAAGCCUGGUCUACCUUUUUAUUGGCCCAUCAUUUUCUCAGCUUUUUAUGGGAAAAGCAGGUUUUCUGUGAGUCUCUCCAGUUGUUGCUUUGGGUCAGUCUCCACGAUGAAUGAAGGCGUGUCACGUGAUAGUGUGUGUGGCAGAGGCUGUGCUCUUUAAGAAUCUGGGCCAGGAGCCAGGCACCAUCUUCAGCAUGAGAUGGCCUCAGAAAUCCCGAGUUGCAUUGUGUGAAUCUGCCCUGGAGGCAUUAGGUGGGUGCCUGUAGGUGGAGCGUGUGGACCAGGGUGUGCCCGAGGGGCGGGGUCAGGAGGGCUGGGAGGGGCGGAGCCGGGCUCCGCCGUCCUGGGCUCUAUGGGUGCUUCCUGCUGAGACUCUCCCGCCUCUCCCAAGGCCGCGGGCCUGUGUGGAGUGCAGCCGCCCCUUGGCACCUAGAGGCUUCUUUCCAGAAAGCACAGGAGGGCUAGUUAGUGGAUCCACGCUGCUUCCUGUCAGUGCUUCCUGUUUCCGGAUUCUGAGGACCUGAAGAUGGUCCCCUCUCUCUCUCUCUCUCUCUCUUUCUCUGUGUGUCUCAGAUGGCGAUUUUGCUGACAGCUGCCAAGAAAACGCUUCACUCAACAGUCCACCUCAGCCCAGGGAUGUUUGUAGGACUGUUUGAAUUGCAGCCACCCCCUCCCCCAGAGUGAAGACCAGUUCUUUCUAAGUUGACUCAGAAGUGGCACUAUUUUACCCCCAGAGUUGACUGCAUCUUUAAGAGUCAAAGCACAUCCCUGCACACACCUUCCAGGGUCCUGGGAGGGGCCGGGGGCGGGAGCGGGAGCCGAGGU